AUGAAGGCCACGCUCAAGGGCCGCUACGAGGGCGACAAGGCCACGGCCGCCACCACCCUCGCCGCCCCCGCCGGCGACCUCCGCCUCAAGGCCUCAGCCACCGAGGCCGCCUUCGCCAACGGGCCUUCCCUCCGGGGCCUCACCCUCACUCUCGAGAAGCCCGGCGCCUUCCUCGUCGACCUCAAGCCCCACAACCAGGAUGUGCGCUUCCAGUUCAUGAACUCCGCGCUCGUGCUCGACAAGCGCGUCAGCCUCACCUACACCCACUCCACCAGCUUCGCCACGGCCCCCGCGCCCCCCGCUGCCGCGCCGCCCUCCCGCACCGCGCUCGACUGCAGCGUCACCUUCGACCCCGCCAACAAGGUCACCCUCUCCCACUCGCUCGGCUCCGGCGGCUGCCGCCUCAAGUACACCUACGCGCACGGGGUUGACCGCCUCACCACCAUCGAGCCCCUCUUCGACACCAGCAAGAACGCCUGGGAGUUCGCCGUCACCAAGAAGUUCGCCGGAGGGGACACCGUCAAGGGCACCUACGCCGCCUCCACCAAGCUGUUUGGCCUCGAGUGGAGCAGGGACUCUAUCGCCGGCGGCUCCUUCAAGGUCGGGACGACAUUCGAUUUGUCUGACCAAAGCAAAGCACCAAAGCUAAUAGCAGAGAGCACGUGGAACUACGAGAUAUGA